UGAGGGUGGAUAAGUUGUAAGCCAAGGCCGUCUUUGCGUACCGUUCUACUUUCUUCUCCACGCCUCAGGUUCGCAAGAUAUGCUGGAAAAAAAAUGCGAAAGAGUCGGAGCGGAGGGGUGAACUUUACUCUGAAGCUUGUCAGAGUGUCGCGCCGCUGACGUCACGACUAGCGUUUCCGCCGUCGUAGUUGUGGCCAGAGAGGUGGCAAGUUCGGAUGUGCGGCUUGUGUGCAGCUGUGUAGAUGCUGAGGCUGCGCGGCCCCAGUGCGGUGCUGAGCCUGGCCGUGGCGGCGGCCGCGGCCAUGACUGUGUGGUUGCUGGACCGGUGGGGUCCCCGCCCUGGCCCGCGCCUCUUUGUACCGGAGGAGCUAGCCCGCUAUCGCGGCGGCCCGGACGACCCGGGCCUGUACUUGGCGCUGCUGGGCCGCGUCUACGACGUGUCCUCCGGCCGGAGGCACUACGAGCCCGGGGCGCACUAUAGCGGCUUCGCAGGCCGGGAUGCAUCCAGAGCAUUUGUGACGGGUGACUAUUCUGAAGCCGGCCUCGUGGACGAUGUAACUGGCUUGUCCUCUUCUGAGAUACUGACGCUUCACAAUUGGCUUUCAUUCUACGAAAAAAAUUAUGUAUUUGUCGGAAGAGUGGUUGGAAGGUUCUACAGAAAGGACGGGAUGCCAACUUCAGAACUAACCCAGGUAGAAGCCAUGAUGACUAAAGGCAUGGAGGCAAAUGAACAGGCGCAGAGAGAAAAGCAGAAGUUUCCUCCAUGCAAUGCUGAGUGGAGCUCUGCCAGGGGUAGCCGACUCUGGUGCUCUCAAAAGAGUGGAGGUGUGGACAGAGACUGGAUUGGUGUCCCCAGAAAGUUGUAUAAUCCUGGGAGUAAGGAGCCCCACUGUGUGUGUGUGAGAACAACUGGCCCACCUAGUGACCAUCAAGAUAGUCACAGGCACUUAAAUCGCGGGGACUUGGACAACCCCAACUUGGAAGAAUACACUGGCUGCCCACCGCUGGCCACCACAUGUUCCUUCCCACUCUAAGAUGGCGUCCUGCAUGUUGAUGACACUUGGAGAACCUUCCAUAUCUUCCAGGAAGCCCUUGAUACUUGUGCCCUCGGACAGCUCCUGGUGGCAGGAAAUAGAAGUGUCGAAGACUCCAGACUCAUUCUGAAAACAUGUGCCACAAUUCUGGCGGCUGAAGCAGAGCCCAGUGGCCUGGCUGGUAUGGUCAGGUUGUUUUGACAUCUUCGGAACCUUGGUCCCUGUCAUCUUCCUUCAUAAACACGGCACAAUCGACGCGGAAGUGUCUGAAUGAAGAAGCCGGUGAGCUCCAACAGGGGUCUCCCCAUGGACUCAGCACUGCCUGAAUCAGAGCUUGGGCUCUGCCCGUCAUGCCAGUCCUGCUAGUACUUGGAGCAGUAGCACAACAGGACUGUGCCUCUCAGCAGAGCAGCAGGCACUUCCCAAAAGCUGUACAUCCUAGCAGAAUCAAGGUAACUAGUUAUUCUAAGACAAAAAGGAAUUGUCUAAGUGUUGGUAUAAGGUUCUUGUGGAGUGUAUACAAUUUACCCUUGUUCAUUCAAAUGAUGAUUUCUCUACUCCACUAUCUGGUUUCAUUCCGGACACUGCAUUGUGAAGUUUAUUCUAAACAUCACCUGUCUCAAUCUGUGUACACAUGCCACCAUUUGUCCUCUGUAUUGUCAAUAAUACAACCAGCCAAUGCUGAGCAGUGGAGAGAAUAGGGUGGGACAUCCUGGUCCAGAGGGGAGGAGAAGGAAGCGAAAGGGAGGAGUUGGGAGAGCAGAGACUGGCUGGAGAGGACUUCGAACCAUGAGAGAUGAACCGGACCUAGGAUAUGACUAAAAGCAAAUAUAAUGUGGGAACUCUGAAUGGGAGGAAACUAUGCAGGCUUGGAGGUUUAGGAUGGAGUAACUACUGCCUGGCAUUGUGCUGUAUUUAAUUAAAUAAAUCCUAGUCUCUGUGUGGUGAUUUGGGUAUACAGCUGGUUUAGGAAUAACCACUGUUUAACUGAAAGAUAAAUCAGUAAUAAAUAUUAAUAAUCAACAA